UCUGAAGAGACAACAGGAAAUUUGUGGUCGGCACACCAGGGCAACAAUGCUAUUCGGAACUAUAGGAAACCUGUGAAUAUUCAGUCACAGACUGCGCAACACACCUCACUUUUUUCUACCUUUUCCCAUGUGAUGCCUGUUUAAAGGGAAAAAAUAACCACAAAAAAUGGGUGACCUCAAUACAGAAUCUGUUGAGAAGUACUUGGAGAACAAUCCCCAGUUUGCCAAGGAGUAUUUUGAUAAAAAGAUACGGGCAGAAGCACUUUUGGCAGCUUAUACGGAUUCCAAGUUAGAAGUAAAAGAUGCAGCCUCUUUCAAGGAAAUGACCCAAGUGGAGGAAUCUAAUUUUAUAUUUGAAAUGAUUAAAGAAAUUCAGACUUCCACAAACCUGGAAAAGCCUAUCCACCAAAUGUUGCAGAGACUGGCUCAACUAGUGAGAGCAGACAAGUGUAGCAUGUUCUCAUGCAGGUCCAGGAACGGCACACCAGAGUUAACAACAACUCUCUUCAAUGUCACGCCAACUUCCAAGUUGGAGGAAAAUCUUGUUGCUCCUGAAGCUGAGAUAGUUUUUCCUUUCGAUGUUGGCGUAGUGGGUUGGGUUGCUCACACUAAGAAGACUUUAAAUAUACCAGAUGUGAAAAAGAAUACACACUUUUGUGACUUUGUGGAUAAACAGACUGGAUACACUACCACCAGCAUGUUGGCAACUCCGAUCACGUAUGGGAAGGAAGUGCUGGCUGUCAUAAUGGCGAUUAACAAAAUCGGUGAACCUGAGUUCUCAAAAGCAGAUGAGGAGCUUUUUGUCAAGUACCUUACCUUUGCUUCUUUCAUUUUGACUCACUACCACAUCACGUACCUAUUCAAUGUGGAAUCGCGAAGGAGUCAGGUGCUGUUGUGGUCUGCUAGCAAAGUGUUUGAAGAACUUACAGAUAUUGAACGUCAGUUUCACAAAGCUUUAUACACUGUUCGACUCUACCUCAACUGUGAAAGAUACUCAGUUGGUCUACUGGAUAUGACCAAAGAAAAGGAAUUCUAUGAUGAAUGGCCAAUAAAACUUGGAGAACAAGAACCUUACAAGGGUCCAAAGACACCGGAUGGAAGAGAAGUCAUCUUUUAUAAGAUCGUUGAUUAUAUUUUGCAUGGAACUGAAGAAAUUAAAGUCAUACCGUCCCCCCCUCCAGAUCACUGGUCACUUGUCAGCGGGCUGCCAACUUAUGUAGCUGAAAAUGGAUUUAUUUGUAACAUGAUGAAUGUAGCAGCAGAUGAAUACUUCACCUUCCAAAAAGAAUCCUUUGACGAGACUGGCUGGGUGAUGAAAAAUGUCCUGUCACUACCCAUUGUCAACAAGAAGGAAGAAAUUGUAGGAAUCGCCACGUUCUACAAUAGGAAGGACGGCAGACCAUUCGAUGAACAUGAUGAACAGAUCACUGAAGCGCUUACACAAUUUCUGGGAUGGUCUGUGCUUAACACAGACACAUACGACAGACUGAAUAAGAUGGAAAACAGGAAAGAUAUUGCACAGGAAAUGCUCAUGUAUCAAACCAAGUGCACCAAGUCUGAGCUUCUGUCUGUUAUGAAUACACUGGAGAAGUUCAAUGCUGAACCUGAGGACUGUGAUCCUAAGGAUCUUAUCAAAUUCUUGAAAUCAAACUUACCUGAUCCUAAAGAUGUUGAGCUUUAUGAAUUCCACUUCAGUGACUUGCCUGUUACUGAACUUGACCUGAUUAAAUGUGGAAUUCGGUGUUUCUAUGAAAUCAAUGUGGUUGAAAAGUUCAAAGUACCUCCAGAAGUGCUAACACGGUGGAUGUACACUGUUCGGAAAGGUUAUCGUGAUAUAACCUAUCACAACUGGCGGCACGGCUUCAACGUGGGGCAGACGAUGUUCUCACUGCUCAUGACUGGCAAACUAAAGAAGUACUACACAGAUCUUGAGGCAUUUGCUAUGGUAGCAGCUGCUUUUUGUCACGAUAUUGAUCACAGGGGAACCAACAAUUUAUACCAGAUGAAGUCAGCAUCCCCAUUAGCAAAAUUGCAUGGGUCCUCCAUUAUGGAAAGGCAUCACCUUGAGUACAGCAAGACCCUUAUGGCAGAUGAGAGCCUCAAUAUCUUCCAGAAUCUUCAGAAGCGUCAGUUUGAAACUGUCAUUCACUUGUUUGAAAUUGCCAUCAUUGCAACUGACUUGGCGUUGUACUUCAAAAAGAGAAGUAUGUUUCAGAAGAUUGUUGACGCCACGGAAAAAAUGGCAACCGAGGAGGAGCAAAUAAAGUACAUCACAUUGGACCCCACCAAGAAGGAAGUCAUCAUGGCAAUGAUGAUGACUGGAUGUGACCUGUCUGCCAUUACCAAACCAUGGGAAGUACAAAGUAAGGUGGCUCUUAUGGUAGCAAAUGAAUUCUGGGAGCAGGGAGAUCUGGAAAGGACAGUUCUAGAUCAACAGCCCAUUCCCAUGAUGGACAGAAACAAAUCUGCUGAGCUACCAAAGUUACAAGUUGGCUUUAUCGAUUUUGUGUGUACAUUUGUAUACAAGGAAUUCUCAAGGUUCCACAAAGAAAUCACACCAAUGUUGUCAGGUCUUCAAAACAACAGGGUUGAAUGGAAAGCAUUGGCAGAUGUGUACGAGGCAAAGAUGAAGGUUAUUGAGGAGGAAAAGAAGAAGAAGGAAGAAGAGGAAGCCAAAAAAGAAGGUGGAGGAGGUGGUGGAGGAGGAGGGGAAAGCGAAGGAGGCAAAUCGAAAACGUGCACGAUAUUUUAGAAACUGUCUGACAGCCCUUCCAUCUCAGACAUAGUGCUGUUUAAGCACUGGAGGAAGCGGUACAAAGACUUACCUCCCAGGAUUACAACAGAAUGUUUGAUUUGGUACAAUCCUCUUACAUCUACCAUCUGCUGCAUGUCAGUACCAAUGGACUUCUGGAAUGAGUACCUGAGAGAACCGCUGGCAGUAAUGGAGCUGGAAUGUACAGCAGCAUUUUGUGGUGUAAUAUAUAACUAACAAUAGAGCAUUAGAUAUGGUUCUCUUAUAAAUAGCUGUAAAAGGAUGACAAUUUAUUUGACUGCUGUUACUGGGUACAGGCUUUGAUACUGUAUGAAUCCUUGCAUGUAAACAUUGGUUUUUAAAAAGCUCAGUGAAAGGCAGUCAUUGGCCACAAUUUUUAAAACAAUUUCCAAAUUCUUGAUUAUUAUUUAGAUAUUUUAUUUUUCUGUGACACUUGAAUUCCUUUUUUUUUUCUCUGAAGUGGUUAUGUAGCCAGCAGUCAAUCUAGUUCCUAGAAUCUACAGUAAAUGUGUCACAUUCACAGUUACAUUACAUUUAUUUGAACUGUUGUCUAACACAGCUACACAUAACCAAAGAAAUUAUAAACCAACUUAUGGGUAGUACAAUUAAAAAAAGAAAAACAAAGAAUGAUGCCUGAAAACAACAUUUGGCAAUAUAUGGUGAAAAAAAAAUAUAUUACAAAUUUGGCUCUUUUCAAGGAUGCGAUGGACUUAGUGUUGAUUCAUUAAUUAGGUGGGAGAGGGGCCUUUACUUGGAUUGUCAACAACAAAGUCACUAAGUAAUUUUGUUUUUCAUUAACAGUAGAAUCACGUAAGAAAAAUCAACCGUUCAGGAUCUGUCAAAAUUCCAGUAUCUUGUGAUGUCAUCCCAUGCAUAGAACACACGGAGUAGUUCUUAAAAAAACAAUAACAUUUCUUAUGUGUUUAAUAGCAGUUCAUGAGUACAAUCUUCGUUUUUGUGAUUUAUAAUGAGUCAGUAUGUCCUGUGAAGGGUGUCUUAUUAUAACAAAAAUCGUUUUGCCAAGUUUGGCCAUCUGGUAAGCUCAACGAGAUGACAUCUCUUGGACACCCAACACACCAUGUAUCAACUUUUAAAAGAAUCGCACUUUAAAACUAUUUGAGAUUGAUGCAUGGGGAAGUGGAUUAAUUAGUCUUACUUAAUUAAUUAGUUAAUUUUUUUUGUAAGAUGACUAUGCACCUCAUGUAAAAUCAGAUUGGUUUCAAUCAAACGCCUGUCAUACUGUCAUUCGGGAGCUAUUGAAAACCUCCAUUACCUAAUCUGUUGUAACCUUUUUAAAUGUUAGGUAAUCACAGAGUAUAGUUCACGACCAAUUAAUAGGUUCCUCCAUACUGUAGUUGAGGCACAUUGGUAGUCGCAUAUUGUGACUCACUGCUGUACCAGAUUGUUAUCAAGCUGAAGGCAUUGUUGCCUUGACUUUUGACCUCUUUGAUAGGUCUGUGGUGAACAGGCUUUCAUUGAUCUAAAUUUAGAUCCACUGUUUUAUGUAUAUGUUGCAGGCAUUUGGAAAGGUACUGUAAGACAAUUUAUUUUUUAAGUUCUAAAUGCGGGCAACAGUGCAUUCUAAAUUCUAUGUAUGCAAAAACUUUGGAUGGUUUGUGAGGCACCCUUGUCCAUAAAUUAAGGUUUACGCUGUUUUUUUAAAUAAAAUUGUUAAGGCUGUUACCAUAAUUUUCUAAAGCUGUACAGUAACC